AUGAGUUUCCAGGACGUGUUCCACCACGACCUGGAGUCGGGCCUCCCGCCUCGCCCGCCGCCGCCGCCGCAGGCCGUGGUGGCGCACUGCGUGUUCCAGAUCAACACCAAGGUGUCCGCGCUCCGCCGCCUCGCGGAGGAGCUCGCCGCCGCCGGCCGCUGGGGCCACGGCGACUCCCGCGACGUCCGGGAGCGCAUCCGCAGGGCGCGCGCCGAGGCCACGCGCCUGGCGCGGAACACGGCGCGGAGGCUCGCCGACCCCGCCGCCGCGGCCACCGUCGGGCCCAGGCUGGCCGCGGACUUCCAGGCCGCGCUUGGGGAGCUCCAGUGGGUGCAGGGCCGGAUCAUCGAGGCCGACCGCCAGGAAACCGCCGCCGCCCGUCGUGCGUUCCGUACUCCGUCGCCGCCAAGCUACGGUUCUCUCUCGAAACCACAACUGAACAUUGGCGCUGCCGGCACCGGCACACGCGGCGCCGAUCAGCAAUCCGGCAUACAGAUGCAGCAGCAGCUGGUGGAAUCGCGGCGGAGGCAGGAGCUGGCCCUGCUGGACAACGAGAUCACCUUCAACGAGGCUCUCGUCGAGGAGCGGGAGCGGGAGAUAUGCAAGAUUCAGCAGGAGAUCAGCGAGAUCAACGAGAUCUUCAGGGACCUCGCGAAGCUCGUCCAUGGCCAGCAAGGGGCCAUCGAUAUCGUCGAGUCCAACAUCGAGACGGCCGCCAUGGAGACAAGCAAGGGGGAGGAGCAGCUCACGAGGGCCGCACUGACGCAGGAGUCCAACUCGUCGAUGAAGUGCUUGCUGCUCACUGUUUUCGGGCUCGUCAUGAUGAUCUUUGCGUUAGUGUUUGUAACGUAG